UUCAAUUCAUUCAUUGGAUAAUCUAGCGUUUUUUUGUAACUUGAUGGUAUAUAAAUAAAUUGAAUCUUUUAUCUUUUUAUUUAUGUUACUGUGAGUUUAAUUAAGUGUGAUAGUUCCUUUUAAGAUAGGUGGAAUAAUAUGGGUAUAGAAAACAUGCGUCGCUGGCCCAUGUAUUUGAUGUUCGCCGUGUGCAUUCUGCUGGUCCUUUCACUAUUAAAUAGUGGAAGUAUGCUCACCGUGUUGCGAAACAGAGUAGCUGAAAUGAGCGUACAACUUCAAGAAUGCUCUAAACAACAGACCUCAUGUAUGGAAGAGUCCCUGCGGCUUCUUGAACAAAAAGACGGUUACGUUUCAAAACUCGACGAUCUCGACAAAGAAAAAGGGAAGUUGAUUGACGACAUUAAAGACUACAAACAUAAGUUAACAGAAACGGAACUUAAAGUUAAUAGAACGAAAAUGGACGAGCAGCUGUGUGUUGCGGAGCGCGAGUCUUUAAAAAAUCUGCAGCUGAGCAAAGAAGGUGUUAUCCAGACUUUGAGAUUAGAAAAAGUUACUUUAACGGAUCAGUUAGCUGAUAGAAAAAAGAAGAUAGAAGAUUUGGAGAAACAGGUAGAAACUUUAAAGGCAACUUUAGCUUCUAUGGCUACAAAGCCGGCUGCGAACAUUGUGUCAUCUAAAGUUACUCCUGCCGCUCAGCCUCCUAAGUUAAGCCCUGCUUUGAACGCUCACGAACCGCUUAAUGAACCUAUCCUUGACAAUGAUGCCAAGGAAGACAUUGAUGACACAAAUGUGCUAAAUGAUGAUCAAGGUUUUGAUCCGCAGAUGUAAAUAAGUUUUUUUUUAGGUAAGGAAUAAUUGGCAGGGCAAUAAAAGAUGACUGUUACGUCUUGACUGAUAAGGAAAAACAUAGCCAAAUUGUGUUAAACUCCAAUAAAAUUGUUGACUCACUUUAUUUUGUAUCAUAAUACAGUAAAACCUCCCAACUAAGGUCCAAAAUUAACUGUCCUUUUUUUUCAUUCUGGUAUGUCUUUUACUGUAUUCUCUGUAGUUCUAAGACAAAGUAUGUUUAUAAAUGGAAGAAAAAACUCGGAGUAAGCCAAAAGGAACAUUGGAUACUUAAUUUUCUUUUGGACUUCUGGACCAUAGUUGCAGUAUUGGAGUAUAGUUGGGAGGUUUUACGGUAUUCAAGUGUGAUUUAUGAUAUUUUAAGCUACUGAUACUUUUUGUAUGAACAAAACUACACUCCCAGUGCAAUUAUAUACAUGACAUUAUAUCAUUUAUGAUAUUGCAAUAGUUAAUUAUGCAUUUACUGCUCAUUUUUCUAUAUUUAGUUAUCUAUUGUUAAUUAUACAAAAGUAAUUAUGAUUUAGAAGGGUUAUUGUCACAGAGAAAUUGAUAAGUUUCUGUUUUAUAUAAUAUGUAUUAAUGUUGUUAAACGCUGGCCUAUACAUGGGGGUAGGAACUAGGCAUAUUUAUCAAAACCAGGCCAUAAUACACACAAGUGUAAUAACUAAAUGGUUUUGUUUUGAAGAUCACAGAAAUCACAUUUGGUGAACAAGUUUUUUUAAUGUUACCCAAAGUAUUGCAAAAUUGUACCUGUUAUUAUUUUGAAUGAGGUACAAUGGUACCUCACUAGCUAGCUAACUAACAUUGACUAAAAGUAACUACACAACCCUAAGCUGAAAAGUAUGGCCUGAUAUUAGCUUUAACCCAUUGACCACCACAGACGGCUGUGGACGUCAUCGGAAAGUCUUGCCAAGGGCGCCAACGACGGCUACAGCCGUCAGCUUCGCCAAUUCAAUAGGGAUUUACGCGAGACUCCGUAAAGUUCAAUUUCGCUUAAAUAAUCGCGAUCGCCUGGCGUCCAGGGCACGGCAUAUUCGCGCGCCAUAUGGCGUUCAAAGGGUUAACUCCUAACUGUACUAUACAUAGGUACAAACAUCAAAAAGAAAUAAGGUAAUAUUUUUUUUAUUAUUUAAAUACACUGUUGUAUUCAACAGUGAAGUCAACAAUAUGUUAGUAAACUAUUAUUUUCCGAUUAUUUUGUAUAUGGUUGUGGGAUUGUGCAAGGAGUAAAUUGAACAUAAAUGCAUUAACAGGAAACCAAUCUUGUGUUCAUAUCAAGUGUGUCAAAGAAGGUUGAAUAUACAGUGAAUCUGUAUAGCAGUUAAUACCUAUUGAAAUUAUUUAGUGAUGGCAAUUUGUAAAACAUCAUUCUCAAUUAUAUACCGUAUGUGUGCACUUUACAUGCCAAUAAAAGCAAUUGGUUUUUAAAUAUGUGGGUAUAUUCGUCUUAUACAAGGUGAAUGAAACAAAUGGAUCGUCAAACAGGAUAAAACUGUAAAAAAAAGAAAGAAUAUACAUUCUUUCUUGACAUCGACACAGAUCCACGAUUCGUGCCUAAACCUUAUUAGAAAAUGGUAAAUUCGGCAAUACUAAUCGCUUAGCACCUUUGCAUACAAACUUCUAUGCAGGGGGGUCACUUUUCUCUGCAGCUGACUGUAGUCCACCAAUUUUCAGUUCAGAGUUGUGUUAACCUUGUAAGGCCCGCCAUACAAAUAUUUCCUAUUUCUAAUUUGAAACUUGUACAGUAAAUUGGGAUGAAUUUCAUUUAUUUGAGAAAGAUGUGAAACAAAUGAAAAGCUACUUUAUUUGGUUUAUGAAAGGUUCUUUUUAGAUUGAAACGGAGUGUACAGUGUAAUGCAGAAGCACAUGUUACGAGUUAAAUACACAUCCAGGACAGUAGUGAGAUAAGAAACGAGUUUGUUUACUUUACACACUGUUAUCUUAGUAUCAAUGUUUUGCCUGAAUUAAGUAUUAUAAAUUAUAAGCCAUCGCGGUGCCACAAUUUGUGUAGUUUUAGAUCUGAUUUGUGUACUCUGCUCAAGUUACUAUAUCAUUGUUGUUUUCAAGAAUGUUUAAUUAU